GGAUCUCCCAUGGUGCCGACGCCUCGAAAAUCAUCUUUCUGCUGAAGAAUGAGGACAACUGCAACCAAAAGGGACAAAAGCAAGCGCUUACGGUAUUCGGCACAAAACCGAUGGGCAAUGCUUCCGGAUCUUAGGUUUGGACGAGGUGCGCCAGCAGGUGAAGUCGUUGCUUCCGCAUCGGCUUUUUACUCACAAACCGUAGCAAAACCACAACUUUUGCGGAAGCUACCGCCAGCUCCUAUCUAUCUCUACAAUACUAGCUAGUAUGAUACGAACUAAUUGACGUGUGUGACAAGGAUAUCCAACAAGAUAUGACAUAUUCAUUGAGAUAGCGAUUGAAUUAGGCGCGCCCAACGGCAGCUCUUACUUGAAAGGGCGGUGGUCUGGUUGUCAUGGUGCGUUGUGCAAUCCGACUGACUCGACUACUCCUGGAAACUCCAAUGCUUUCCAGGACUUGCUCAGGUCAAAGGCCAAAGUGAUCAUUGUUUUGGCCUGUGAUCCUUCUGCAACCCCCACAGCAAGUCGACUUCGAUUGCUAGCUAGACGUCAAUAAUGGCGUCUGCUUCCGCCGUCGUUGCCCUGACUCACGCGGUCCAGGCCGCUUUGGCCUUGAGUCUAUCUCAUUGGAUUUGCUGCUGCAUCAUUAUGCAUUUUGAUCUGAGCGGCAAGUGGGCCAAGUACGCUCUUCACAAGACCCGAGAUGUUUCCGUCCAGGACUAUCUCGAUGGUGCCAAGAGUUUCGUGGCCGACCUGUUCCUCCUCUUUAUUCCGUUCAUGACUGCGUGCUUUUGGUACCGACAAGACGAGAUUCAGGGCUGCCAUGAUUCUAUUUCGGUUGCCCUGACCAAGUUGGCAUCGGGGUACAUUUUCGGAAAGCUCUGGGCGUUUCUGGUGCACUACGUGUUGCACUUUCCCGCCUUUUAUCAGUUCCAUCGGCAACAUCACUGCAACCCCAAAAAGUUGGUAGCCGCUCGAGCUUGGCAGGAUUCUUACGUCGAGUAUGCCAUCAUGGAGCUCCCCUCCUUUGGCAUUACCCUGAUGCUGUUCCCGACUCGAAUGUGGGCCCAUUUGGUUCAUUUUGCCUGGCAUGGAUGGGAUGGAGCCUGCGGUCACUCUGGCUUUGGUGCUCCGGGGAUCUUGGGAUAUAUAUUUGAUGGAGAGUACCACUAUUAUCAUCACGCCCACCUCACAGUCAACUACGCAGAGGUGGAGUUCUUGGACAAGCUAUUUGGUACCCAUCAUUCGCAACAGCAUAAAGCAAAACGAGCAGCAUGAAUCGAAUCAUCCCACUAGCAUAAUACAUAAAGAUUCAAUCGCUCUUCCGCUGUAUCGUGUGGUGCACUCUACAUUCAGAGAGCUCUUAUAGAACGGCAUACACCGUUCUCAAAACAGA